UGCCCGCGUAUUUUGAAAAGUCACCUCACUUUUUGAACACCUCAUUUUUUUAAUAAAAAUUGCUCAAGCGUUCAAAUUUAUUGAUGAUAUGUUUACGUUUACAUUUGAAUGUCAAAAAAAGGUUUAGGGUUGUGAAUAGCCAUUUGUGUCUCAUUUCAAAUCGCGGCGUUUAUCCUGAACAACUUUUAUGUUCUCCAGCCACAGGACAUUAAAGCGGAGAACUCCUGCCGAAGGCAUUGAUCGCCGCGAGUACAUCAGUCACCUGGUCGAUGAGUAUUAUACAACGACAAACAUAGAGGCCCAGGAGCAAGUAACCGCCAACUUGGCCAACUUUGCUUACGAUCCAAUUAACUGGCCGCAUCUUCUGGAGGCGGAUGCCCUAGAUGUUUUCUUGGCUUCCCUGAAGUCCCAAGAUCAGCUACUAAAACUCCACGGAAUUGCAGCGUUGUGUAACUUUUGCUUAGACAAAACAGCAGCUAAGUUCAUUAGGGACAAUCUAAAGCUGAUCGUUGGAUUAUUUGUGCGCACGGAUCACCCGGAAAUAGUACUUCACAGUCUAGCAUUAUUUUAUCAAUUACUGGAAUCCAGCGAGGUUGACAGGGAACUUCUGUUAAGUCCCUCACUACUGAAAGCUGUGCAAGAGUGGCGUUUGAAGGCUCACGAUCAGCGCAUUGUUAACAGCCAAGCACUUCAGCAGGUGCAAGUGGUUAAGCGCUUCUCACAAUGCGAUUUGGAGCAGUUUGCCCAGUUUACCGGCGAUCACAACUACAUUCACAGCCUGGAAACCCCAGUGGAGGAGCGACGAGUGCACGGAGCCCUGCUUAACGCAGUGGUGGCUGGCAUUAUGGGAACCCAACUACCUGGCCCCGGCACCGUGGUUCUAGAACAGAGCUUUAAGUUUCUUAAGCCCUGUCGCAUUGAAACGGACACUUUGUUCACUGUUCGCCUUCUGCAGUCCCGCAAAAUCUCGACCGUAGAGUACGACAUCCGGCAAAACAACGAGGUGGUCUUUGCCGGCAGUGCCAAAUUGCUGACUCGCAGUUAAACACUUUUAUCAUUCGUUCAAUAAAAACGUUUUGUUUUGUAUA